GAGAAGCUGUCGCUAGUCAUCACGCCAUCCAUCAUGGGACCCAUCUCCUGCACCAAGCUGUCACUCGGCCCCAUCCCUCCACUCAUUCGCUCCAUGCGCACAGUCAACCUCGCCAUGCCAGGGGGGGAUCUUGCUCUAGACGUGGAUUUGGAGUUCAAGGGAGCAGCCACUAUGACGAUAGAAACCAGCAUUGACAUGAGAGAAACGCAGUUCCUCAAAAUGUGGGAGGAGCGGGACCUUUCCCGGGCAGAAAAAGAUUCUGAGAGGAGGGCGGAGUACUCCGGGCAGGUGGAAAGCACACCGUUGGCUGCAGGCUCGGAACCGGCCCUUUCAGACGGUUCGGCAGCUGCCGGGGGAGGCUCGGAUGGAGUAGGCUCGGCCGGACCUGGAGCCGGGCCUGAGCGGCUGGUUCGGCGAGGGUCGGGCAUGGGAGAGGCACUGAUGAGUGAGGAGACUGCUGCUGCUCUGGUGGGGGAUAUGGAGGUGGCUGAAGAUGUGAUUAUAGAGGGCGCUGCUACAGCCCCUGCUACACCUGCCAAGAGCACGCCAACCAAGGCAGGCAGGAAGAGGAAUAUCAUUCGAGGGGUGCGGGGCAUGGUCAGCAACAUGGCCAACAGCCUCUCUCAGGUCCCUCUCACUCUCUCCUUCAACAUCACAUCUGUUAAAGGAACGCUGCGCAUCCGGGUACCCGCCCCGCCCUCCGACCGCCUCUGGAUGUCGUUCGUUGAGAUGCCCGAGAUCGAGAUGCAAUCCAUGCCGUCCAUUGGUGAUCUCAAGCUCAAGCGCUAUCCCAUGGCCACGCUCCUCAUUGAAAAGCUCAAGGCACUGAUCAAGCGUUCUCUGGUGCAGCCUAGCUGUGUGGAUUCCAAGCUUCGUUUCAUGCUCUCAGACCCGCACGACUGGUUACCGCGUCAACCCUGCAUGUUACCCUGGCGCCCCCCUGUCGACGCCUCUGUCACCCCUCCUCCCUCCACCCUUCCUCCCUCCUCCUCCUCUUCCUCCUCGUUCUUCACUCCCUCGUCGUCCCAAACCUCUCUCUCCGGGUUGGCCCAGGCCUCCAACGCCGGCUCGGACAUCCGAGGCUCGGAUGCCCGAGGCUAUACAGUGAAAGGCUCGGGAGGAGGUUUGGACGGGGAAGGGAGGGAUGGGGAAGGCUCGGGUGCAGGUAUUGGUGAUUCUGGUGGAAUUAGCAGCACCAGUGGCGGCGGUGGUGCUGUAGCUGGUGCUGCUGCUGCUGGUGCUGCUGCUGGUGUGUCAGGAAGUGGGAAGAUCAGUCGGGAGGGCACAAGAGGGUCUGUGAGGGGGCUGGUGGGCGGGAUAAUGACGAGAAGGCAGGGAGUGAUUACAGGCAGUCCUGUGCUCGAUCUGGUGGCAAGGCGCACUGGCAGCAACCAGAAUCUCAGCUCUGGGACUCCUCGAUCCCCUCUGCGGGGCGCAGCUGGUGCUGCUGCUGCUGCUGGUGAUCGUGGUGGUGCUACUGCUGCUGGUGCUGGGCCAGGGAGUAGGCAAGGAGGAGCAGGAGGAGCAGGGGAAGUGGGAGGAGGAGGAGCGGGAGCAGCAGCUGUGUUGAAUGGGGGAAGCAGUAGCAACAGUGAUUUGGCUCGAUAUGCUGAUGCUGGUGUUGCUGCUGCUGCUGCUGUUCCCAGCUCUCUCAAUACGUCUCUGGUCCCUUCCAGCCCUAACGUGUGUCCUUCUUCUCCUCUUAGAAGACUCACGCCUUUCUAUCUUGGCCUGAAGGAGCAUGAUCCACAGCAACAGCAGCAGCAGCAGCAGCAGCAGCAGCAGCAGCAGCAGCAGCAGCAGCAGCAGCAGCAGCAGCAGCAGCAGCAGCAGCAGCAGCAGCAGCAGCAGCAGCAGCAGCAGCAGCAGCAGCAGCAGCAGCAGCAGCAGCAGCAGCAACAGCAGCAGCAGCAGCAGCAGCAGCAGCAACAACAACAGCAGGACUCUAGUUCCUUCUCCUCUGCCUCCCAGUCCAUACCAGCAGCAACUUCUACCAGCAACACUAGCAUCCCCUCUCCCUCUUUCUCUGUCUCCUCACCCCCUGUACCUCCACCCUCCUCCUCCCUCCCAACCUUCUCACCGCUCUCCACUCCUGCUCUUGCCUCUUCCACCUCAACUGCUCGCCACCUCUUUUCAGCUGCCAAGUCACACAUAAAGAGUGCAGCUUACGCAAUCAAACCCUCGUCUUCCACUGCAGCCUUUCUUUCCUCUUCGGGCGAAUUCGGAAGAGGCAGCGAGAGAUACACUUCUGUAACCACUGCAGCCGUUUCUGCUGUCGGGAAUUCUGCGGCUGAGGUAACAGGAACAGCAAUGAUGGGGGCAGCAACAACGGUGUUGGGAGCUUCUGCGGCCACUGCUGGUGCUGGCGCUGCUGCCAUUGGUUCAGUUGCCGGUGGUGCUGCUGCUACUGCCGUAGGUUCGGUUACUGCUGGCACUUCUGCUGCUGCUGCUGCUGCUGGUUCGAGUGGUAUCAGUUCCGCUUCUGCUGGUGUGGCCGCAGGUUCGGCGGCAGGCUCGGCAGAGGUACUGGCUCGUCAAACUGUCUCGUCACCACCGGAGCUCCGGCUCCCAUCCUCCAGCUCAUCCCCUAACCUAGCUGAACCACAGCCACCGCUCCAACCUGCACCUGUCUCAUCCUCAUUAUGGUCCGAUCCGCUAUUGUUUAACAAGCAGCAGGGAAGCAGCGAAACUAAGGGCAACGAAGGCACAGGUACCCGCGCGGCGGCCAUUGCUGGUAUGAGUGGCGGUGGCAGCAGCACAGGUGGUGGGGGCAGUGUGGUGGGGCUGGGUGGGGGAAUGGGGGUGGGGCGAAUGAGAGCGAGCAUGGCAGGAGAACUCUUUGAAGGGCUUAGGCUAUCGAAAGCAUCAAGGUUGGCUGCAAGGGAGAGGAGGAGGGCUGGAAGGGGCCGGGGAGGAGCAUGGGGAGGAGGAGGAGGAGGAGGAGGAGGAGGAGGAGGAGGAGGAGGAGGAGGGGGUGAUGGUAGUGGGGAUGUGGAUGGGGAGGUGUGUUCGGCAGACGAGGCUUUGUCUCAGCAGCAGCAGCCGGUGCGAGGGUUUGAGGCGUUUAAACAGAGUUUGGGCGUGCUGGGUAGGGAGAAGGAGAGGGACCGGGAGAGGUGGGCCGUAGCGGCAUUUACCAAGGUGGCCACAAUGAGGAAGAAAGCACGGGGCAGUUGGGAUGGGUCGGAGUUUAAGGGUAUGGGGGAUGGGGAAGAUGCAGGGCUGGAUGGUUUGGACGGUUUGGAUGGGUUGGAUGGGGUGGACGGGCUUGAUCGUGAUGCUUCUGGUGCUGCUGCUGCUGCUGCUGGUUCUGGGGUAUCAGGGUCGACGAGGGAAGAUGCUAGCUUCGGGCUGUUUUCUGGGAGAACUGCUCUGAUGAUGGUGGGAGGAGGAUUGGGAGGAGGAGCAGGAGGAGGAGCGGGGGGAGGGGUGGGGGGGUUCAGGGGAGUUGCUGGGGGGGUUGCGGGUGGAGGUUUGGUCGGGGGACUGAAGAGAAUGGCGAGGAGCAAGAGUGGAAAGGGCAGGGGCGAGGAAGGCACAGGAGCAGGGCUGGAAGCGGGCUCAAGGGAAGAACAGGAGGAGGCGGAUGAGGUGGGAGGGGAAAGAGGGGGAGAGGUGGGGGCGGGUGUGGGGGAGGAAGGGGCUGAAAGGGAGGAAGAAGGGACGGAAGGCUGGGCUGAUGCGAGAAGCUUCACUGUGCCGAUAUCGAGAGCGAGGAGCUGGGAAGUGGGGGACACGGAGGUGAUGCGAACCCAGCUGUCGUCUCGCAGUGUUCGAGGGCUUGGGGACUCAGCAGCGCUGGGUGGGGACGGUGUGGGAUCGACGGCUGGGAUUGACUCGGAACGAACGGUUGACAGCAUAGCAUUGGGUGUUGUGACUAGCACAGCAGGAAAUGCUGCUUCCGGGUGUGAAACAUCAGCAGUGGCGACCAGUGGGCUUAGACGAGGGAAUGGGGGAGCAGCUGAUGCGGCAGCGGCAGCUGUAGUGGCUCGGCAGCAAGAAGGCUCCGGGUCUGGUGGGGAGGGUGGGGAGAGUGGGGAGGAGAGAGAGGGCAAGUGGGGGGAUAGGAUGGCCAGGGCAAAGGAGUUCGUGGGGAGGAUAGGGAAUAGGGAGGCGAGGGAGAGGCUUGAGGACAAGGCUAAGAAGGUCUUGGGGUUUCUGCAUCGAGGAGAGAAAGGGGAGCAGUAA